CAUGAUGAAGACUAAGAUCAGUCUACAGGAAACCACGACUGCCACCAUCGAGGAAACGCAGUCCUGGUCCAGUAUCGUGCUCAAUGACAAGCUCACGCUCGAGCACGUCGCUGUGGAUAUCAACACCGACCGCGUCCAGUACCACCUACACCUCGAACUGGAGCACCCGAUACCAGAAGCAUACAUCACCAAUGCCGAGUACAUGACGCUGACGUGGCCUGUCGGUGGUAUCUGGAAGAUCAUGAACCUCAGUGAUAACAACCGCAAGGUGCACUGCAUGUCCUGGCGCAAGACCGAGAUGGACCAUGUGGAGGUGGAGGAGCUGGCCAAGAAGGUAGAGGCUGCUGGAAAUUCUAACGAUCCAGCGAAGGCUCGGAGCUCAACUCUAGCUGCUGCAGAAGCCAAUGACCUGCCACCAACUCUGUUCCCGUGGAAGAUGCAACUUGGCAAGUGGGGACACAAGCAGCACUGGUUCCUUCGUGAUAUUAUGCCUCCUCAUGAUGCCGACAGUGUUGGUAGCUGUCAUCCUGGUCCAUUAACAGCUCACUUAAUGGCAGGCUUUUCGCCGCUCGAAGUGCAGAUCGAAGUGAAUGCCAUCACGUCGGUAGACACGGUAGGCCAAACGUUUACUGCCGACGUAACGUGGGAGGUUACGAUGCCAGCCAUCACCACCAUCCGAGAAGACUCGGUACUGCGUGAACUUAUGGACAUCCUCGAGUUCGACGAGAAUCAAUUCGAGUUCGCGAACGUCAACUCGAUGCAAGAGGAGCGCGAGAUGACGUCCAGUCUGUCACCUGCUGGGCCAGUGCAUUUCACUGACUCGACCAGUCUGGCGUUGCCACUGAAGGCCACGUCGGAGUAUCUGAGUCAUCUGCAAUUCAGCCGUCGUGUAGUGGCUGUGUUUAGCGAGGAGAUGACUCUACGAAGCUUCCCUGUGGACCAGCAGAAGCUCACGUUUGCUUUCUCUACUGGAACGGGAGUGAGAAAAUCUCUACGAAUCACACCGGGAGCAGUGGACGCAGGCACCUUUGCCAUUGCCAACUACAAAUUAGGCAACGUCUUCGAUGUGGUGCACCACGAUAAGGUAUUCGUCGGUGAGAUCGACGCUGAGGGCGACAAGAAGAGCAUUCGAUUCGAGAUGAUGCUGGAACGUCGGCCCGGAUACUACGUGACAAACGUGGCGAUUCCAGCAGGAAUCAUCACGUAUUUGUGUUUUAUAUCGUACGCUCCACUCUCGGAUGGUUCACUUAUGGACACUGGGGACCGCGUUCAGAUCGUGUUGACGCUGUUGUUGACGGCCGUGACGUUCAAGAAUAUGGUAGCGUCGCUGACACCGCAGAUCUCGUACUUCACGACACUGGAUCAGUAUGUUUUUUUCUGCUUCAUCAUCUCGUGUUUGGUGGCGAUCGAGAACGCACUUUUCCCGCUUUUUGUGGGACUGUUUCCAUCUCGUGAGAAAUGGCAAGAGCACAGCCUACUUGGCUUCUCAAUUGGCUUCUUCACACUGGUGAAUAUCGUUUGGUUUGUCUCCAUUGUUCGGUCUGUAAAGAAGCGUACACGAGCGUCCGACGCACUCGUUAAAGUGCACGAGGCUAUUCGAGUGACCUCCACCUCCAUCCCACCCGAGCACCGUGAGGCUGUACUGGAUAAGUAUUUGCAGCGUUUGGACAUCCCCAAAUGCGAUCUCCCCACAGUCCGCUGCACUGAAUUUGGGUAUCUCCAUGUUCAGUUGCCGGUAGACAAGAGUAUUCGCACGGACGGGAUCGACGUCAAGGCUGCGUUGCAUGUUGCUAGCCGUCAAAAGGCUGAGCGAGAGUUCGACACCUUCAAAGAGAUCUACGAAGAGCUAAAUCCGUCGGGUUCGCUGCUGUAUUCGUCUGAUCAUGAUAAUGAGAAGCCUCUAAGAGCUGCCAAACCCAACGAAGCGUUCUUGGCAGGCGGAGGAGACCGACGCCGCUCUGUGAUUGCGCCCAGCAGCCCCGUUGGCCCGCACAGGAUGCAGAGCCAGAUAACGCGACGCCGCGCGUGGUCGAGAACGUCUGAGUCCUAAAAUCGUCACUUCAACAAUACCGCAAGUGAAGUGAAUGCUAAGUAAAAAUGUACUGUUUGUAGUUUAAUUCCGGUGGCACUCGCCAACGAUGGAUCAUGUGGACUCAGAUUUUCAUUUGAGUUUUGUAAGAGCAGAAGUGCAACAUGUGA